AUGUAUAUCUCCAGCCUGACCAUCUUCGCCCUCGCCAUCGUUACCAUCCAUGCCUGCAACCCCGGCACCGACGGGUGCGACCAUCCUGGAAACUUCACCGGGACACUAACCGCACUCAAGGACCCCGCGGCCGCAUACUGCAAUCCCGGCAACCAGACGUCCAUCUACGCCAGCAUCCCCGCCUCCUUCUACAACCCGCCCGACGAGUCCCCCUGCGACGCACCCAUCAACGUCACGAACCCGAGCACGAAGAAGACGAUCGAAGCGAUCGUGAUCGGGGAAUGCACGACCUGCGCCGGGGACAACAUCCAGCUGACGACGGCAGGAUUGGAGGCGUUGUCGCCGAAUGGGAAAGCCAACAAGGCGCCCACGACGGUCAAAUGGACUUUUAUCUAG